UGGCCGUUACCCUCAUUUCCUGGGCGGAGAGCUCCUCGCUCUAUUAGACGAGUAACAGGAACCAAAAAAAGAAGAGUUAGAGGGAGAGUGAGAGGCAGAGGCAGAGCGAGUGAGUGCAGGAGAAAAGUUAGCUGAGCGACGAGCUCCCACAAAUCACUUUGUCACCAGCAAGCUCUGACAAGCACUAGAAAAGAGGGAGCGCACAAGGAGAGAGGCAGGGAGUUAAAGAGAGGUGUGAAUAGGGAGUUGUGUCAGAAAAGACUCAAGAGGGAGGGUGUGAAGGAGCUGUAGAGGGCAUAAACGAGGUGAUACCGAUGGAUGGAUAGAAGGGGAGACAGGACACAGACGAGACUGCAAUCUGAUUCCCAAAGCAGCCUGAGAGGGACUGUUACUCUUGCUUCUGCUGCCGUUGCUGCUGCUGUGACUGGAUGGUAUACGGUCAUUUAAACAGAAGGUUUGUCAAGCUUAAUACUUUGUCACAGGAGGACAGAUUUUCAUUUACAAGGAGAGUUUUGCUGUGUUUUCAUCUGAGAGAGUACACUAACAUAUCAUUUUAUAUUUGAGAAUGAAGACACAAAUAGAAUAACAGCUGUUCUCUCUGUGAGGCGUUGAAAGAAACUUCUGGUGAAGUGCAGCUGUACACAGAUCACAUGCUGUCGCUGCUGAAAAAGAGGUAGUCAGAGUGGUACAAGUUUGUCAGAUGUUUUUUAAUGUAGGGGCAUUUCUUGACUGCAUAGGUGUCUGACUAAUUUCGUGGAGGUAAAACUUUUGAAUACUGUUUUAUACUUUCAUUCUCUUCACUGUGGAUACUUGAUCAGCACUGGACUGACUCAAAUUGUCAGAGAGUUUUAAGAGGGUUGUAAAGGAAGCCAGAAGUCAUCUCAUCAAACUUCAACAACAGAGAAACAGGAAGGUCAUUUCUACAGUUUAAGCAUAGGACAGGUCAUUGCUAUUUUCUCUUUCUCAAAGGGGUUAGACAUUACAUCCAUGUACAGAAUAAUCCUGACUGGUUGAAGAGACCUCGUGGGAGAGGACAGGAAGAGGACAGGAAGCCGUGUCAGCUGAAAGCCCUAGUGUCAAAUGUAUGUAAGUUGGGUGCUGCGUUGUACAACUCCCUUCCCACAGACUGACUGUUGAGCAAUACAGCACUGAGCUGACACGUGGAGGUAAACUUACUUCAAUUUUAUAGUGAACAUAUCAGUCACAAGUUGGUUUGUCGGUUCAGAAGCAGCUCUGUUGUGUUCCGAGUAUCUGUAGAUUGAUGGGUGCUUCAGAAGUCUUCUGAGGCUUGGGAGCUCUGUCUGUGUGCAUGCUUGAUGGACUCUGUUAGCAUUUGACAGCUGCACUCUGGACUCACUUCAACGUCACUGAGUUACCUGCGAGGCUGAGUCAGAGGCUGGCUCAUCGCUCGAUGUCUGUCUGCCCACAGGGAUUCUCCCCACCUGCUUCUAUGCAAACAAGCCACAAGUGUUGGGUGGUUUUCAUAGCAGUGGCGGCAGCAGGGGCACUGGUAGUCCCGAACUUCUAGGACUCUCAACACUGCUUUAAUUGUUCUCCUGUGGAUAAAUACUUGCGUCAGUCACACCUCUCCGCUGAUUCACUAUUCCCUGAGCAUUGGAGGCAGGCAGUGAAAGAGAAGGUGAGGGAGGAUUUACCAAAAAACCGAAGCACAGAAGCUGUUACAGUCAGGUUGGUACCAUGAAGCUGGCACUGUUGAUGCUCAUGGUCGUAUACACAGUGGGCAAUGUAAGUGGCAUGUCUACGUGUAAGACAGUGGAUCUGGAGAUGGUGAAGAAAAAGCGCAUUGAGGCUAUUAGGAGCCAGAUCCUCAGCAAAUUGCGUUUGCCAAAAGAGCCUGAGCCUGAUCAAGCUGGAGAUGACGAGGAUAUCCCCAGCACUCUGCUGUCGCUCUACAACAACACCAAGGAGAUGCUGAAGGAGCAGCAGACUGACAUCAAGACAGACAUCUCCACAGAGCAGGAGGAGGAGGAGUACUUUGCCAAGGUGCUGCACAAGUUCAGGGUUGAGAACAAAAAAAAUGACACUGAUCGAGAUUCCAAAAAGAUCCUGAUGUACUUCAACAUCUCUCAAAUACGACAAAGUGUGGGGGAUUACCGCCUGUUGACUAGUGCGGAGCUGCGGAUGCUCAUCCAGAAACCCAUGAUAGUCAAUGAGCAGCGGGUGGAGCUGUACCGCGGGCUGGGGACGUCAGCCCGUUAUCUUGCUUCCCGCUUUAUAACAAACUAUUCGAAAGACAAGUGGUUGUCAUUCGAUGUCACAGAGACCCUGCAGAGCUGGCUCAAAGAAACAGAGGACGAGCGUUGUUUCCAACUCAGGCUCUUCUGUGGAUGCAGCGAACACGAGCCAAACACGGACAGCAAUUUCCGUUUUGUCAUCUCUGGCAUUAAUCCAGUCAGAGGAGACUUGGUAGCAAUACAAGAGUUGGGGCAGCAACCACCCUACAUCCUCACCAUGUCCAUCCCUCAGAACACCAGCACCCACCUCAGCUCACGCAAAAAACGCUCCACAGACGCGAAGGAUGCAUGUACAGCCCAGACAGAGACCUGCUGCGUGCGGAGCCUGUACAUCGACUUCAGGAAAGAUCUGGGCUGGAAGUGGAUACAUAAGCCGACAGGCUACCACGCUAACUACUGCAUGGGAUCCUGCACCUACAUCUGGAAUGCUGAAAACAAAUAUUCUCAGAUUUUGGCCUUGUACAAGCAUCACAACCCAGGAGCCUCUGCCCAGCCCUGCUGUGUUCCCCAGGCACUGGACCCACUGCCAAUCCUCUACUACGUGGGCAGGCAACACAAGGUGGAGCAGCUGUCCAAUAUGAUCGUGAAGUCCUGCAAGUGUAGCUAAAAAAACAACAUGGCACACUGCUCUGCCUCCCCUCAAACAUAAACUGAGAUAGAAGUCGUGUUUGAGACCAGAGGAGCACACAGAUAAAGAGGAUGAGAAUAAUGCAGACAAGAGAAAAGGAAAGUAUUGAAAGUAAUCUUUGUGGUCAAGCUGUCCUCCUUUGAGCUCUGCCAUUAUCAUUUCGGAACUACAUCAAUCCAUGGACUUCUUAUAUAGAUAUUAUAGAUAUUUGUAUGUGUAUAUACUUCUUCUUUGCAGUACUGAAAUAUCUGUCUUGAAAUGAAUUAAUUUAUUUGUUGGUUGGACAGAUUCCUAAAGAAGCGAUACACAUGUGUAAAAGUGUGUUGAAAGGAUCAAAAGGAUUUAUUAUGAACAAAAACAAAAUUGGAUAAAAGAUGCCAAUGGACAUGAGGACCAGGAUAACCUGGAUGGAAGAGAGCUUUUGUUUUUACAAGUCUGAUGAUUGUCAGGGACAUUUCUGUUUGACACAUCAUCUUCAUGAAGAGGUCACAGUCAACGGUAUUAAAUUCCAGGCGUGUUGGGGUUUUCCUGGACAAUAAUGCUGCAGGUACUUUUGGAGAGAGUUCCGGCAUAAAGGACACGAGAAACCGCAGGGACAGUCCGACCUGGGGAAACCCCCUCUGACUGAGAGGCUGUCAGCCGACAGAACGCUUCACAGGAACCGUCCAUCAGUUUUACCUGCUCUGUUUGUUUAUUUUUCAACCCACGUGAAUUUUGCAAUGCUUUUUCGUCACUGUGUUUGUGUUCAUAAUUGAAUGUCAGCUUGUCCUCGGGCUGUCAAAGCCAUGAGUAAUAUCACUAGUUGUGAGAGUGAUGACACCAUGUUUUUCUCCCUCUCGGGAUUGACAGCGGGUGUGUUGUCUUUAGAUGGUGAGGGUCAGGGGAUGUGGUUGUGGUGUUGGUUUUAGGAAAAAACUUGAUACACACUUUGCUGUUUUGUUAACCAAUUGCAGGCAAUUUAUUGCCUUUUAUUUCAGGACAAGUUUUUACUUUCAUCUGAAGUGUGAUGCGUUUUGCACAGCUCAAGAAUGAAUUAAUUGUUUCUGAUAUGUUUUAGAAAAAAACAACACAUUUUUUCUGUUUACUCUCUUUUAUAGUGCACUUACCAUUUGAAAUUUGUAUCUGUAAAUAUUUAAAAAAAUUUGAAAUAAACAUUAAUGUUAAA